CCUCUGUCCGACAUCCUUCCUCCCCUCAUCUUCGGCACCGCAGCCUUCAACUACCUCUACAACACCGACCCCUACCUCCUCAACCCCUCCGACCUCGUCGCCCGCGCCCUCUCCUUUGGCAUCCGCGCCUUCGACACAUCCCCCUACUACGGCCCCUCUGAAUCCAUCCUCGGCGAGGCGUUAUCCACACCCUUCGUCACAGACAACUUCCCCCGUUCCGAAUUCUUCCUCAUCACGAAAUGCGGCCGCGAAGGAGGGAAUAUCUGGGACUACUCCCCCGCCUGGAUUCGAAAGAGCAUUAGCAGGAGCUUGGAGAGACUGAAAACACAAUACCUCGAUCUCGUGUACUGUCAUGAUGUCGAGUUUGUCAGCGACGCCGAAGUCCUCGGCGCGGUGAUAGAGCUGCGACGUAUCCGCGAUGAAGAAGGCACAAUAAAAUACAUCGGCAUCUCCGGCUACCCGCUCUCCGUCCUCUGCCGGCUCGCCCACCUCGUCCUCCGCGAAACCGGCGAACCCCUCGACGCAGUCAUGUCCUACGGAAACUUCACCCUUCAAAACCAACUCCUCGCCUCCCAUGGCGUGAAAGAACUCAAAGCCGCGGGGGUCGACGUCGUGCCCAACGCUUCACCUCUAGGAAUGGGUCUCCUCCGCCGCGAAGGCGUGCCCGUCGGCGCAAUGGGGAACUGGCACCCCGCUUCCGACGGUCUCCGCUCUGCCGUCCGUCGGGCCUCCGAGUUUUGCGACCGACAUGACGAAAAGCUGGAAGUCGUGGCGAUACGGUACGCGCUGGAGAGCUGGCUCACUCUAGGAGCGGAGGUCGGAUCGCGGGGUGAUCCCGCCUCCGGGGUGGCAUGGCAAAGGGAGUCGAAUAGUCAAGUCGGCGGACGGAGACUGGGGGUCAGCGUCAUGGGUGUGAGCAAAGCGAGUGAGCUGGAAAAAACGAUGCAAGUGUGGAGGAGUAUUUUGGACGGAUUGGAGAAUGGCCAGGAAACGGCGAAUCUUGCGGGACGCUGGAAGAGGGAUCAUGAGUGGAGUGUGAAUCGGAGGAAUGCGGUGCGGAUUCUGGCGGAUGGGAUUCAGGAGCAUUUGGAUGAGUUUUUGGAUUUCACGUGGGAGUCUCCGGGG